AUGACUGGAUGGGUGAGGAGGCUUCUGUGCAGCCGCCUGGGGAUCGAGUGGGACACUAAAGGGUGUCAUGAAGUCCCUGGCUUCUCCCCUGGCCUUCCUGGGUGCAGGUGGGAGGAUGGCGCGGUGAGGGGAGCAUUGAACGGUGGUGGUCCUCACUCCCCACCUCCCGCCUAUCCCCUUCAAGGGCACAGUUCCCUGAGAAAGUUAGCCUUGGACCUAGAGCUUCUUAUCAUAGUUCAGAACCACCAGGAGCCGCACGAGGCAGGACACUCUUCAUCUCUAUCUCAGAGCGGACGGUGCCGCCCAGAGGUGGGCUCCAGAGCAGCCCUGGGCUGA